AUGGCCGAGGCGGCGGAUCCAGAGCGGCUGGUCCGCAUGCGUGCGGCGUUGGAAAAGUUUUUGGGAUUGAUUGACCACAAGGCCACUGCCAAAAACUUCUCGCGAGUCCUGCCGCAAGUGGACCCGAUUGCCGUAGAAAAGGCGCGUUUGCAGUUCCUCCAGGAACUCAAGACAGACAUACGAAAUGACCUGGAAACACUUAUAUCCAAAUAUGAACUUUCACAGCGACUCCAGGAGCUGGAGGAGUUGACAGCCGAGGCAGACAAACGACAGCACAACGCAUUCGCCGACCUGAAAGAUGUGUGGCGCCCCGACUUGGAUAUUCAGACGGCGAUCCGUGCACGUGUGAGCGCUGAUCAGGCACCGCGUAUCGAGGCAUUACAGGCGGAGCUAGCUGAGCUACAAGAACAGAACCGUGCAUCCGAGGAGCGACUGCACGGCACCGAGGCGCAGAUCGAUGCAGUGCGUUCGAAUGUCACGAGUGCCCUGGAAAUGCUUGACAAACUGCUGGUCAGUGUGUCUAUCAAUGCUCCCGAAGAUGAGCAGGCAUUGCGCGCCAUGCUGGAUGCGCUGCUCACUGAGUUGGGUCCCGUGUAG